UCUUUCUUACGUCUGCGACAGUGUUGGCUGCGGUUGAUUAAACGAUUGCUCAUUCAAGUGUUGGAACGAGCGCGUUUCCUGUUUCGUAUCCAGUCGACGGGUCCACGUUAGAGCUUCAAAAGCAAGAGUCUGUCUUUUGUUUUUUUUUAUUAUUAUUUGUGAUCUUGGAGAAGAAUUGAACGCGUCCGUAUUGAUCCCAUCAUCCAACCUUUCGAGUUUGCCGCCAUAGCUUCCCAGGCAAAUAUCCGCUCCAGGUUUCUAAAAAUUAAUACACUGCAACAUUGUAUGUCGCAUACAUACAUACAUAUGCACGUUGCAGACGCUUGCAGCAAAGGCAAAGCACAGCAGCAAACAGGCUUAAAGUCAAUUUCUAAUAUUUUGGCUUGUGCAUUGAGGAUACUGUUACCACGCGCGUUUCUCCUUCGUCCAGCCGUCUCGUAGAGUGCUGUCUGCGUGCGCGCACGCCUUCAUAUAAACAUACAACGCAGCGUACAUUUUUGUGUGCGAAAGUGUGUGCGUGCGUGUGUAUUGAAAUCUUUUCGCGGUUCAAUUGAUCGACUUCGAUCGCGAACUUUGUUUGCCAAUCGCGCACUUUACGGUCCAUCGAUCGGUUUAGUUCGCUUUCAUCCACGGCAUUGUGCGUUUAUUAGAACCGCAAAGAGGCGCCUGAGUUUCACCAACCAUUCGUUACGGUGUUUGUAGCGAAAAUUCGUUAAUGUUCUUUAAAUAAUUUUGUUAUAUUUUUUGUUGAUUUAAAGUUGUAAAAAAAAAACAAAAACAUCAAUUAAACGUGUGCUGUUUAUAUUUUACAGAAGAAAUGAUAUAAAAUUACAAAGCAAAAAAAGAGGCGUCAGUAAAUAACUUAUAUAAACUUACAUUUAAUCAGUCAGUGCCAAAAAGUGAGUGUAUUCUAUUCUGUGCUUCUACGUAUACGCAAAUAAAGGCUGUUACCCGGUUGCAAGCCCUAUUUUGUGGCAGCUCUUAAAUUGAACAAGUGAACUAUCUUGACCAGUGCUUAGUUUCCAGCCUUACAUUUACGUUAUUACGUAAAUACGUAUCCAUAUAAGACAUAUAUAUAUAAUACAGCAAUUUGCGGCGAAGCCAGAUCUUCUUGCAUUACUUUUUGUUGGAUUAACGGAGCCAUCGUUGUUGUAGUAAUAUUAAAUUGACGAAUAUGAAGCUCUUCGCCAUCAUUUUAACACUUGCCCUGUACGCCUUCGCUUUGGCGCAGUCGCUGGCGAACGUUAAGUGUCAAAUGAAUUGUGAUCUGCAGGACUUUAGACCGGUCUGUGGUAUAGAUGACGCUGGUAAGACGAAAACCUUCAAUAAUCUGUGCAUUCUGAAGACAGAGAAUUGCCUACGACAUCUUUCAUUCCAGAAAACUUCCGAUGGCGUAUGUCCAUAGAUCCUAAUUAUAUAAAACAACAGAAACAGUACUAACUUGCAAACAUCAGUGAUCCAGUUCUAAAAAUUAACAAUUAAAUUAGUUAAUAAACUAAGUGCAAAUUAUGUAUGUCAAGCAAUUUUAUCGUUUUAUUCAUUAACUGAUACUUUUCAUACGCACAUUUUCAUCUAAACAUUUUAACACAAAUUUGAAAGGUUUUUGUCCAAGCAAAUCAUCUAUGACAUCAUUUUAAAUAUACUAUAUAUUACCAAACAGAUAUAAAUCCUAUGUAUUACCGGGAAUUUUACAAUAAAAAAGCAUGUUAUAUAUAAUAUAUCCGCACCAGGAAGGCGAGUUUAGCACGAAGCGCCGCCCUCGGUCCAUGCCAGCAUGUGUAUGAAAGCAAUCAGACUAAAUUCUACAUUUCAAUAUGUAAAUUCUGGAAUUUCGUGUAUGACAUUCAAGCAGCAGCUAUUGGUUACAAUGUAGUCCUAAGUGGGUUUUGUGUGAUAUUCUUAAGAUUUGAUUUGGAAAAGUCGUACAUUUACUGUAAUUUUGCAUGUAUAGAAAUAUAAAGAAAUAAAAAUAAAUAAAAUUAUAUAAAAUGCGUAA